GAUUGGGAUCCCCGCCAAAUCCGUAGGCCCCUUUCACCCCGCAGAGCUGCAGCUGUCCGCUGCUAUUAAAAUAACGGCCUCCUCGCCUUCCCCCUUCAAGCGCUGACAACUGCCUGUCCAGGCAGGCGAGCUGCCUCUGAAGAUGUCGGAGCGCAACGUAGAGCCCAAACCCGGAGACCUUAUUGAGAUCUCUCGUCCGGGUUACAAGCACUGGGCCAUCUAUGUAGGUGCUGGUUAUGUGAUCCACCUGGUGCCCAAAGCCCAGGCCGGCAUCAACAGCAUCAUGUCUGUCCUGUCCAAGAAAGCGGUGGUGAAGAAGGAGCUCUUGUGGGAGAUCGCUCAAAGUGACGCCUGCCAAGUCAACAACAAAUACGACCAGAAGUACAAGCCCCUGCCUGCUAGCCGAAUCGUCCGGGAAGCCGAAUUGCUGUUGGGAACGGAAGUGAGCUACCGAGUGGUCUGCUGUAACUGUGAACAUUUUGUUACCCGAUUGCGGUACGGCAUAGCUCAAAGCGACCAGGUGAGAGAGACAGUGGCCAGUGCUAUGGCGCUGAUUGGUGUUGGGGUUGUUCUGGGCUUGGCCAUGGUGCUGGGCAGCUUGUUGUUGCCCAGGAAACACGAAGAGAAAUGACGGGAGCACCUCACACUUUGACCAGGGAUGAGCCGUUCCAUCCUGCGCUUGGAAGUCACUUUCUGUCUCUUCUUCGUUUCUUUCUUGCUUUGUCCCUGUCUUGACAGUUCUGAAACAGAGGGUCGUUUAUACUGCUCUAGAAUUAAAAAUUAAAUUUUUUUAAAGUAA